CCCGUGCCCGCCACUGCCGCUGUCAAAGAUAAACCCGGCCAUUGCCUGCAGGAGCCGUGGCAGCGGGCGAUCCGGCCGUGAGGAGCCUCGGGCGCGGCCUCGCCUCCCGGGUCCGGCUCCCGCAUCAGCACCGCGGACAGCACCGCGCCCCUCUUUGGGACCCCGCAGCCCUUCUGCCCGCGUCGAUCGCAUCAGCACCGCGGACAGCGCCCCGGCCCUGCUCUCCUCCGCCAGCCCACCCGCCCUCGGAAUCAGCACCGCGGACAGCCCACCCCUGCAGGCUAGGCGGCAGUAUCGGAAGGGUCGGCGCCCCCUGAACAUGGCCACCGAGGUCCACAAUCUGCAGGAGCUCCGACGAAGCGCAUCGCUGGCCACCAAGGUCUUUAUCCAGAGAGACUACAGCGAUGGCACCAUCUGUCAGUUCCAGACCAAAUUCCCUCCAGAGUUGGAUAGUCGGAUUGAGCGGCAGCUCUUUGAGGAGACUGUGAAGACCCUCAAUGGCUUUUAUGCGGAGGCUGAGAAGAUUGGGGGCAGUUCCUACCUGGAGGGCUGCUUGGCCUGUGCCACAGCCUACUUCAUCUUCCUCUGCAUGGAGACCCACUAUGAGAAGGUUCUCAAGAAGAUAUCUCGCUAUAUACAGGAGCAGAACGAGAAGAUCUUUGCUCCUCGGGGCCUGCUGCUCACAGACCCUGUGGAACGUGGGAUGAGGGUUAUCGAGAUCUCCAUUUACGAGGACCGGUGCAGCAGUGGCAGCUCCAGCAGUGGCAGUAGCAGUGGCAGUGGCAGCAGCAGUGCUGGCGGGGGCGGGGCGGGGGCCCGGUGACUGGCCGAGAGUCCCUGCAGGGAGGUGUAUGGCCGGAGCGAGGGCCUGGCUGAUCUUCGGAGGCUGCGUUACCAGAGCACCCGCUUCUGAGUCUUGCUCUGGGCCCAUCCUGCCACGUGGUGUGGGAGGGAGGGUGACUGCCCCGUGUUCCCCCAUGUUCUGUGCCACCAGCCUCUAGCCCCUUGGCAGUCUUUCUGACCAGACACCUUUCUUUUCCCCAUGGGGCUGGUCUGGAUCACUAGAGCCAGGCCUUCCUAGGGAAGGCUGCGGGUAAAGAAAACCCAGUUUGGCCAACCUCUCUCUUCCUUGUCUCCUUCCCUAAGCCCUCCAAGGAGGGCCUGGAGAAUUCCCACCCUGCAUGAUCUCUCAUCCCAAAGCCCAUGUCUGCCCAGACUUUCCCUUCUAGCCCUGUUCUGUAGGGCUUUUUCUAAGGCUAGGAGGCCACCACAGAGCUCCUGCCUGUCUAUGAUCCCACUUUCUCCAAAUUGGAGAUCUGGGGAGAUGGGUGCCCUGGUGGGUACCUAUUCAGAUGCUCCUGACCUCUCCUGUGGCUUUCCUGUCAGAGCAGGUGACCCUCUCAGCAGCCCACUGGGUGCUGGUUGUAGGGUGCACAGCUGGGGCUCUGGAGGGCCCAUGAGGGGGGCGGGGGGCGGUAAAACUUUUUGGAAGGAUAUAGCUGAACAAAGCUUGAAUUUCCUGAACUGGAGCCAAUUUCCAAAUAUUAGAGCCUGCAUGUGUGAGUGUACUUGUGUGUGUACAUACACAUGUGUAGUGUACCUUGUGCACGAAUGAUGUAUGUGUAUGAGUUUAUGGGUGGGUGAGUAAUAUGAGUUCACAUGUGUUUACCAGUGCACAAGUGUAGGAACAUGAGUGCUUGUGUGAAUGCCUUCACAAGUGACUAUGAAUGUGCAUGAAUCUGUUUAUCUGAGUGAGUACAAGAAUGAGAAUGUGGAUACAAAUGUGUACAAGAGCAUGUGUGCCAGAGUUAUGGAUGCCUGUGUGUAAGUGAACCUUUGUGCACGAGUACACAUGCGCCUGUGUGAUUGUCCAUGACACAUGAGUGUGUCUGUGUGGAGAACAAAUACUUUGUGUAUUCUCCUUGGUUGCUGGGCUGACAACUGCUGUGUCCUGCCCUGUCUUGAUACACAGUGGUCUGCAGCUUCUCCAUGUGAGUCCCUCCUGGCCUUCUGUAAGUCACUGUCUGGAAGCUGGGCUGCCGACUUGGCUCUUCCAUCUGGCCUUUCUCCCACCUCUUGAGUUUUCUGCUCAUAUUGUAAUGGGAGAAGUUGGGGGUCACUGGAGAGCAGAGCCAACCUCUGGUGGCCUUUGGUGCCCCUCUCUCAGCCCCCAUGACACAGUGGGGCCACAGAUGCUGCAUAUUCAACCUGCAUAGGUGUCAGGGCCCUAAGGCCCUUCAGGCAAGGCUUCCCUGCACAGUCAAGGCAAAUGUGCCUUGCAAGGAAAGAGGGACUGGCCAGUCAAUGGUGCUCUGGCUCCAAAGGCCCAGGGGAGCUGAUGGGAAGGGGAUAACCAAGGGCCUGGGGCCUGAAGAUGGAAAGGGGAUGCUCACCUCAGCUGGCAGGAGGUGCUAUGUGCAUAGGAAACACCAGCCGCUGCAGGUAGCCUUCUGGAGCUGAAAGGGCCUGGUUUUCUACUGACCACAGGGACAGCGUGUGACAGCAGAAGAUGACAUAGAGAGAUGGAGAGGGGUGGCCGAGCCCCUGAGGCUUCAGGGAGCCUGAGCCUGAUGAGCCCUGUUGCCAGGAUCCCCUCCUGGUCCCUGAACUUUAGCCUCUGACCAAUGACCACAGCCUGUGCCCUCCCUGACCACACUGUGGCUACACAUUGUGUCUGGCUUUGCAUAUCUGCGGGAGGGCUGGGUACGGGCAAAAUGGAGGCCUUUUGUUUUAUUUCCUUUUCCAAUAAAAGGACUUACCCAG